AUGGCCUGUUGUAUUCCAGACGAGCUGAAGGAGCAAAAACGGAUAAAUCAAGAAAUAGAACGACAGCUUAAAAGAGAUAAGCGAGAUGCUAGGAGGGAGCUGAAACUGUUAUUGUUAGGCACAGGAGAAUCCGGCAAGAGUACAUUCAUCAAACAAAUGAGAAUUAUACAUGGAGCAGGCUAUUCAGAUGAGGACAAGCGCAGCCACAUCAAAAUUGUGUACCAAAAUAUAUUCAUGGCCAUGCACGCCAUGAUUCGUGCCAUGGAUACGCUCAAUAUUCAGUAUAUCAAUCCUGCCAAUCGGAGCUAUGGAAAUAUGGUCCGUCAAGUUGAUUAUGAAACAGUGACUACGUUUGACAAGCCGUGUGUGGAAGCUAUCAUUUCUCUUUGGGCUGAUGACGGCAUCCAGGAGUGCUAUGAUCGCAGACGUGAAUAUCAACUCACAGACUCUGCAAAAUACUACUUAGACAGUGUUGAAAGAAUCUCGCAGCCUGACUACCUGCCCUCAUUACAAGAUAUUCUGCGUGUUAGAGUGCCCACAACUGGUAUCAUUGAAUACCCAUUUGAUCUUGAUAGUAUAAUAUUCAGGAUGGUGGAUGUAGGAGGUCAGAGGUCAGAACGCAGAAAAUGGAUCCACUGUUUUGAAAAUGUAACGUCCAUCAUGUUUUUAGUCGCCUUAAGUGAAUAUGAUCAGGUUCUGGUCGAAUCUGAUAAUGAGAACCGAAUGGAGGAAUCCAAGGCCUUGUUUCGAACGAUAAUCACUUAUCCGUGGUUUCAGAACUCGUCAGUCAUUCUUUUUCUCAACAAGAAAGACCUUUUAGAGGAAAAGAUUAUGCAUUCACAUCUUGUAGACUAUUUUCCUGAAUUUGAUGGUCCAAAGAAAGAAGCAAGCACAGCUAGAGAAUUCAUCCUAAAAAUGUUUUUUCUGUUUUUGUUCCUUUCAGAUACUGAGAAUAUAAGGUUCGUGUUUGCAGCAGUGAAAGACACAAUUCUGCAACUCAACUUGAAAGAAUACAACCUGGUGUGA